AUGGUAAAGACACGAGCUCAGGUGGAGGAGGACAACCGACUCUCUCCAUAUCGCACCACACGGAAACUUAAGCUAGCUAUUUCGUCCGCCCAAUCCCAAAAGUUCAAUCCUCGUAACCACGAAAAUAAUUGGCAUCCUGUUUGGGGCCAUGUUAUGCACGAGUUGCUCAGGCCUUACGAUAAUCUCAUUCCCUAUGUUCAAUACGCGCAAUGGAGAUCUGAGGAUGGGGUUCUGCCCGAGAUGUCUCAUCGCAAGGCUGCCACCCCAGACAACGCAGGCGACCUUAACGCUCGGGAAGACACCGAAGAGAGUGCCUCUCAGACGGAUAUCGAGCGCCCCGAGAGCCCUACUCCUAUCGAUCGUGUGCUUCGUUCUCGGGGAAGUAACCCCCCCGCAACGCCUAAUCGCGCGGCUAAUCGCAAUGCCGCUUACUAUGCUCACUCGGACGAAGAGUAUGAACCGAGGAAAAACAACAGGAGCACGGCACCUACCAAGGCACAGGAGCGUUUGAUGGCCUCUACGUCGUCUAACAGGACUAUCAUGGUCCCCAUGGAUGAUGAAUACCCCGAUCUUGCUGUUCUUCACUCCGUCGUGAAGGAGAUGUCGAAGCGUGGAACCGCAAAGUUUUCCAAAGACAAAGUAAAGGUUCGAAAUGCGAAGCGAUUUGACCUACAAACCGUCCAUUUGUGCCCCGCUCUUCUUGGUGAAAUGAAACGUAACGUAUCCCGCCACGAGGAGAUUGAGGAUCUUGCGAAUCAGCGCGUAGAAGAGAACGAGAACCUCAUUCGAAGGCGUAUCUUUAAUGCAAUAGAUCAGAUGAGCGGCUAUCUUGGGACGUUCUUCAAACGUUAUCCAAAUAUCCACGAGAUCGUUGCUCUUGUGACUGCUGGACCAUAUUGGCAGUAUAAGCUUUACCAAAAGGAAGCUUUUUUUGUUUUCUGGGAUGACGAAAAUAUGAAGUUCCAGGGAGACAUUCUUGUUAUGCGGCACAAAAGCACUGCUUUCGCCGCAUCGUUUGGCCAAAAGGUCUAUGAACUUGGCACAGAGGAGUCAGAUGAAGCUUUGACACAAAUGAGAGACAGAUACCUGGACCAUCUGUCGAAGGAGUAA